AUGCGCCAUUUGAUCCUCCUACUACUAGCCAUCUUCUUUGCUCCAACAUCCUCCACCAUAUCUUCUCCUAACCAACAGGCACAGGCAGCCUUCCUCGUCACCUCAUGGCUGAACAACACGGCUACACGUCCAACGGACUGGUUGCUCGGGUUGGCCUCACCAUGCGGGUGGUCCCACAUCAGCUGCGAUGCUGCAAGUGGCACCACAGUGGUGUCCAUCAUAUUCAGUGAUAUCCAACUAGGUGUGGUCCUCCCGCGUGGCCUAUGCGCCGCACUACCGCAGCUGAGCACCUUUAUUGUCACCGGUGCCGGCCUGACUGGUUUCAUCCCCGACGACCUAUCCCGGUGCAGCCACCUCACUGUGCUUGACAUGAGCAACAACUCGCUGUCUGGCUCUAUCCCGUCGUCGCUCGGCAACCUUGCACCAUCGCUCAAACAACUUCACUUGUUUAGUAAUCUUCUCUCCGGUGAGCUGCCGGUCUCACUUAGCGAGCUGUGGCUAGUUGAGUCACUGCGCAUAGGUGACAACCCGGAGCUGAGCGGGCAAAUACCGGAAUCUUUCUCAAAACUCCGCAAUGUUAUCACACUCGGCAUGGCACAGACAAACAUUUCUGGUUCCAUCCCUGCCUCGCUAGGGCAGCUUUGCAGGAUACAAACACUACGCCUACAGGUAGCAAGGCUUUCUGGGUCCAUCCCACCAGAGCUAGGGAACUGUUCAAAUCUCAUCGACAUCCACCUAUAUGAAAACUCACUAUCGGGCCCACUCCCGGCAGCAUUGGGCAUGCUUCCACGAUUGCAUUUUCUUUACCUUUCUGAUAACUUCCACACGGGGCCCAUCCCAAAAUCAUUCGGGAACCUGACCACGUUACUGGAGCUAGACCUAGGUGAUAACUGCCUUUCCGGUGUUGGACCGGUAUUCCUUGGUAGGUUAUUAGCUCUACGAUGGUUGGACCUGAGUAUCAACAAUCUAACUGGCUCAAUCCCUCCUGAAAUUGGCCGACUCACCAGUUUGACUUAUCUGAUGAUGUGCCAAAACCAGCUCAGUGGAACUAUCCCAGCAUCACUAACUUCGCUCAUCACCCUUGAGUUUCUCGACCUCUCAAUGAAUCUUCUCACCGGCGUCGUACCCCCAAUGUUAUUCCAUCUACCAAACUUAACUUCGCUAUUGCUCAGAUCAAAUGAUUUAUCAGGACCACUGCCACAUGACAUCAGCAGGGCAAGAAACCUCACGUAUCUUCACCUUGGUGGCAAUCGUAUUGCUGGGUCCAUACCUCCAGCGGUCGCUGGAAUGAAGAGUAUAAAAUACCUCAUCCUCAGCAACAACCGGCUUACUGGACCUAUGCCUGCUAAACUGGGAAGCUGCUUGCAGCUGCAGAUGAUCGUUCUUAGUAACAACAUGUUGAGUGGGACUCUGCCAACUUCACUGGUUGGUUUGAGAGAUCUUCAACAGCUCGAUAUCUCACAUAACCAAUUCACAGGCCAUGUGCCACAUAUGCUUUCUCAGCUCAAAGCCCUGAAAAGAUUGAUGCUCAGCGGAAACUCAUUCGUUGGCCCAAUACCGGCAUCUCUCGGACAAUGCACCAAUCUUGAACUCCUUGACCUUAGCGACAACAAGCUCUAUGGGCUUAUUCCUGAUGAGCUUUUUGACAUUGAUAAGCUCAACAUUGUGCUAAACUUGAGCGCUAACAAGCUCACCGGGCAAUUACCCGCAAAGAUGUCAGCCUUGAAGAAACUCAAUGUUCUCGACCUCUCACACAAUGCUCUCAAUGGCACCCUCGACCCUCUAGCUGGGAUGGCCAGCCUUGUGACACUAAAUGUGUCCAAUAAUAACUUCUCUGGGUACAUUCCUGAAACUAUUCUCUUUCAACAUAUUCCUAUAUCGUGCCUCAUCGGCAAUUCUGGGCUCUGCAACAAAGGAUGGAAUGUCUGUUCUGCCAAGGACACAGACGGCAGCCCGCAGACAAAGAAGAAUGCCAACCAAAAGCACAACAUUACCAUAAUAUUUGUGGUGAUUGCUGCAGUAUUGGCAGUACCAGGGAUUAUUGUGACACUUAGUGUGUGUGGAAGAGGAAAAUAUCGUGCUGGUGACAGUAUGGUGAGCCUGGAGUUGGCAAGUCUACCUAAGUUUGUGGCAUUUCAAAACUUGACCUUCUCCAUUGAGCAAUUGCUAAGCAAACUUGCCGAAUCAGACAAAAUAGGCCAAGGUGCUGCCGCUGAGGUCUAUCGUGUCAACAUCAGCAACAACAGAUCAGUCGCUGUCAAGAAACUUCGGCAAGGACAAGGGAAACCAAAUGAGGGAAACAACAACAUCCUCGGUCACCCCAUCCAAAACACAUUCUGGACAGAGGUACGCACAAUCGGUUCAAUCCGGCAUAAAAACAUUGUGCGGUUUCUAGGGUACUACUUCAGCAGUAGCGUCCAACUUCUCCUGUAUGAUUAUGUACCAAAUGGUAGCCUUGGCGGGUUGCUCCAUGAUGGCAGCAGUUUGCAACUAGAUUGGAAAAUUCGAUACCAAAUCUUGUUGGGUGUGUCACAUGGACUAACAUACCUUCAUCAUGACUGCACACCACCAAUCAUCCACCGCGACAUCAAGCCGAAUAACAUUCUAAUUGACCUUGACUUCAAAGCCUACAUUGCAGACUUUGGCAUCGCAAAGCUGUUCGACCCUAGAGCAUUGAUCCAUACAUGUGCUGGCACAUUUGGUUAUAUGGCUCCAGAAUACACUCACGGGACUGAGAUCAACGAGAAGAGUGAUGUCUACAGCUUUGGAGUGGUCAUGCUAGAAGUCCUGACAGGCAAGAAACCUAUUAUCUCAGUCGAAGAUGCCACCCACAUUGUUGAAUGGGUCCAGGAGCAGAAUGAUGUGAGGGAGGCACUUGACUCUAUCCUCCGGGGCCAGCCCAACUCAGAGAUCCAGGAGAUGCUGCAGGUGAUAGGAGUUGCUUUACUUUGCACUAGGCAUACCCCAAGUAGGCGUCCAACAAUGAAAGACGUCACCUGUAUGUUGGAGGAGAUCCACGGGCAAGGAGCACAUUAAGCUUUCAGCACUGUCCAGGGGGAAGCAACGGAGGCCCCCAUCAAUGUGCAAAGUUGAGUGAUGAAAU